AUGCGCUCGAAAAUAUUUGAUGAUGCCGAACUCGAACGACUACGACGUGAGGCUAUUCCGUCGUCGAAUGAAUCGGCUAUGGCUGGAGAUGCAGCUCCACAUUCGACAGACCAGCAUCCACACGUGGAAGCCGCCAUGGAUCUUCCAGUUGUGGUUUAUUCGAACGACGAUGAAAUAGUCUCCCACGAACUAGAGCAAAUGAGGAGUAUAUUGGAAGAGACGAUUUUGGAAACGCGCAGCACCCCUCUCGAAAAUCGACCGAGACUUCCCCGCAUACCCCUAAGCAAGCGAAAUCGGGCUGUCGUGAGGGCUCUUAACCCAAUGCUGGUGACCUAUUUGGAAGCCAGCCGGGACCUUUGCGAGACGGACUCGAUUCUCUUUGGCGCCGCAGUGGCAGUUUGCCGUAUUAUUGGCGCCAAACUUCCCAUGGCUGGACGCGCUACUACACAAAGUAGUGCCAUCCCAGCCUGGAGAAAAAGAAUCGAGGACCGUAUCGCAAAGGCAAGGGCCCUUAUCGGCAGACUGACAAGCUUCAGGUCGGGUAAUAAUAGACCGAGGAUUAUGCGCACCGUUAGGAUGGCGUUUGCUGGGACAAAUAUCAGUUUGUCCCAGCCGAAUAUCACGCAGAAACUAACGGAGCGCAUAGACGACCUGAAGCAAAAGAUCGCUGCUUGGGGGAAGCGGAUUCAACGAUUUUCCGAGAGGUCAAUGCGGUUCAACCAGAAUCGUCUCUUCCAUAGUGAUCAGAAGAGGCUCUAUAAAUCAUUGGAGCGACCAAAGGUAUGUGGAGCGGGCCAAGGACCGGAUCAGGCUGACAUUAUCGCAUUCUGGCGUGGCCUGUGGUCAGAGCCCGUAAACCACAGCGAGGGCCCUUGGAUGGAAGUUGUGGCGAGCCAGGGUGUGAGUGUUACGCCUAUGGACCCCAUCACCAUAACGCCAGAAGACGUGGCUGAGGCGGUCCGUAGGGCCACGAACUGGAAAAGUCCGGGGCUCGACGGGCUGCAUCAUUACUGGCUGAAGGGGUUCAUAGUGUGUCACGCUGUGCUCGCCCGACAGUUUCAAGAGGCUCUCGACCAGAAGUCACUCCCGAGCCUCUUCACUACUGGGAUCACUAACUUGGUUCCUAAAGAUCAGGAUACCACAGACCCGAGCAAAUACCGCCCCAUCACGUUUGCUCCAGUUCAGAAUAAUGCACUCAUACUGAUUUCGAGAAAAGAUGGAUAA